GCCACUGUUAUUUCCUCUGCCCAGAAGUGUGUGAAGUCAGCCGUCUGUCUGGCACAGAAGUGUGUUGAUGUGCUUCCAGGUGUUUGUGGUAAAUCCUAAUGUCUGGACUGCAGGACCCUCCCUACACCCUGUGAGAUCAUCGUCCUUUUAAUUAGACCGGAUUCGACAAUUACAAGACACUCAGGGCGUCUCUCUUUCUCUCCCUCGGCUGUAUAAAAGGACCACAGGUCACCGAUUCAGUAGACAGGAGCUCAGGAAAGAUUUACUGUAUAAUGUCUUCCAAAACGUUUAUGGUUGCYACUUUGCUGGUUUGUGCUUUGAAAUUCAUCUCAUCUCAGACSAGCUGCAGAGGACGAUGUGGCGCCGAGUACUACCGAGGCAACAUGUGUCAGUGUGACUUCACCUGCCUGUCCUAUGAUGAGUGCUGCAAUGAUUAUGAAGCACAGUGCACCACAAUAAUUUUUCARAUUUUUUCCAAUUCAUCUGCAGAUGACAGCUCAUUUACUCCAGACAGUUCGACACCGUACCCACCCAYGGAUCUUGACAAUGGCGAUGAUAUAUUUGCUGAGAUUUUUCCGAAUGACGACUUGUCCACCAAUGGAGAUGUGCAACCGGAGGCGUCUCCAACCCCAGAGGUCAGCAGUGGUGAUGGACUGACUCCAGUUGAGCCUUUSGACGAAAUCCCGACAGAACCGACUCUGGUUAGAGACGAUCCACAGUUCAGUACAGAGCCGACGCCUGUGGAUGACAUUUUUACUUUGGCAGCAAUUACGACUGGAAGCACAGACCCUACAGAACCGACAAGUGUCGACCCGGAUCAAGCAACGACUCCUCUGGUUCCCUCUGAACCACCAAUGGUUGACCCUUCAUCGACCUCAGAGCCASAAACUGAACCGACUGCUUCGUCCRGAGCUACAGAGACCGAGAUGGAGAUUUCCCCCUCAGACACACCAGAGGUCAGCCCCACCAACGCAAAGGACUUAAUGGAAGAGCUGGAAAACUCCCAGCUCACCACAACUCCGGGCUCAUCAACAUUGGCUUCAGUUAAUGAGGAAACCACUUCAAGCCCAAACACAGAGAGCAGCCCAGAAAGCAUCACAACCAGCUCUCCUGAUGUCCUGCAAGACGUUUCAGACGCCACUCUCACCCCAGCUGGAGACGACUUGCUCUCAUCCACAGCGGCUGGCCCGGACAACACCAGUGACGGUGUUUAUCCAGAUGAAACAACUGCUGAUCCUCCCACGUCUGAACCCGACUCCAAACCGGACCCGUCCAAAGCAUCACCCACCUCUAAACCUGAGCCCAAGCCUCUGGACCCACAAACCCAGAUUACAGACAACCUGAAAGAUUACCAAGGAGAUGACAGCGAUGACACAAACCUGUGCAGCSGGCGCCCGGUCAGUGGGAUCACCACACUGAGGAACGGCACAAUGGUGGUUUUCAGAGGCCAUCACUUCUGGGUUCUGGACAGAAACCUGGUGCCGAGUUCACCCAAAGGAAUCACAGCGGUGUGGGGCGUUCCCUCACCCAUCGACACCGUGUUCACUCGCUGCAACUGUCAGGGCAAAACCUACAUUUUCAAGGGAGGAAAAUACUGGAGGUUCGAAAAUGAUGCUCUGGACCCGGGUUAUCCGAAAGUGGUUAAAACGGGCUUUGACGGGCUGCAGGGCCACGUCACUGCUGCCCUGUCUGUGCCGCAGUACCUCAGCAGGAAAGAGUCUGUUUACUUCUUCAAGAGAGGGGGAACAGUUCAGAAAUAUUCAUACCAGUUUGGCACCAGUCCCAAAUGCGGAAAAACGGCCAACGUGCCUGUUUAUACCGUUCGCGCUCGACUGGUCCGUCAAGCAGUUUCCGUUUUGGAGCCAGCAAUAAACAUCCGUAGAUCCUGGAAAGGCUUCCCCUCCACCAUCACAGCAGCAGUUUCCGUGCCAACCAACAGAAACCCAGAGGGGUACAAAUACGUGAUCUUCUCAAGAUCGACGGCAUACAACGUGAGGAUGCACGACGACCGACCUGUCGUCACCGCUCCGAGAGCAAAUGUGUCGCCGAAAACCGACAACUUCUUCAGAUGCCCAAAGAAAUCCUAACUGGAAAAAUAAAACAACAAACAAAGGAGCACGGGCUAAUUUCAAACAGUUUUAUUUUCUGAUUAAAACACAGCAUCACAGCAUCAACAUGAAUUUAAAAAAAAUUUCAAAUUAACAAAAUCUAGAACAAGAACAUGGAUGAAUGCAGAUCUGAAAGUUGAAUGGCGUCGCCUCCAGUUAGGAAUUAGUUCUGAUUAGCGCUUCAUCUCAGAAAUCGUCUCCCAUGGAAGCCACGGGGAGGGAAGGUUUGACCUGUGGAAGACAAAGUUCAACAAUGAUGUAGAUUCUGUACAGUUACCAAGUAUUAGUCAAUGUUGUGCCUGCAUAUCAUCUCCUGGCAGUUUUGGUUAAUGAGGCAACAUUUUAUUAAAAACACUGUUUGUGCAUAAAUAAGUGUGAACAUACAAUUUUGUUUUUAAGGAAAAUUGGAGGGCAAUAAAGACCAAAUGUGAAAAUUUU